CCUGCAGGCUGCUGCACCUGUCGCACGACGGAGUUUGGUGGACGGGACGAAACUUUGGGAGUGGGCUGGACUAUUAUUGAGCCUGGCAGGGGCGUAAGUUAGCAGCGUCUGGAAGUUCAGGAAGGAAAUUAAAGUGUGUCAAACGCUGCCCUACCUCCCGAGGACAGGAAUGGAAUGCACCCGGAACUCCAUCCUCAUUGAAGCAGUCGCGGUACCUCAAUUUGAGUGCUAUUUACAUGAAUGGCCAAGUUGUACGGCGCAAUGAUAAGGGAGAUAGUGGAGAACAGUAGGAUCCGACCACAGUAAGCCACUUUUGUCCACGUGAAAAUGGCGUCGCAGAUGCCACUCCGUGCGAGCAAACUUUUAGACCUUGACAUAUGUGACCGUGGCGUGUGUUCCGAAGAAGGCGAGAGCGGAGAGUUCGUCAACUCUGCGACGUCGCUCUCCGAUGGCUACUCCGCUUUCCAGCAGUGGCGCGCCACCGACUCGGUGUCCGCCAACGGAUUUCAACCAAGUGACACAUCAUCACCAACUCCCGUGCAACAGGUUCCGGACCUGCCCGGGAUCCCCGGGACCGACACCGCAGACUGUGAUGAUUUUGAACUUUACGGGGAUACUACGAGAGGGCCACGCGCGUCCAUAGUGGACGGCUUGCUGGUGGAACUUUAUGAGACGUACAGCGGUGGGAAGAGGGGUUACGUGGACAGUCUGGAUAGCUCCACAGAGGCGUCAAGUUCGGAAGCAUUCCUGGGUCGCAGUAACACGGGAUCAAACUUCCUGCAGGAGUUACAGGAGAAACAUACGAGGCGACACCAGAUGAACUAUUUGGCACAAAAAGCCCCGGGGGAGCUGUGUUCCAUCAUCCAGGAGGUGAAGUACCGCACGGGGCUGCAGUCAGCCAAGCUGCUGCGGCAGCUGAAGAGGCGCGACCGGCUCCGCCACAAACGGCUGAAGAACUGCGACAUCAUCACAGCCUGCCUGCAGGCCGUCUCACAGAAACGACGAGUCGACACUCGGCUCAAAUUCUCCAUUGAACCAUCACUGGGCAAAAAUGGAUUCCAGCAAUGGUACGAUGCCCUCAAAUCCGUGGCCAGGCUGCCAACAGGAAUCCCUAAGGAGUGGAGGAAAAGGGUAUGGCUGACCCUGGCCGACCACUACCUGCACAGCAUCUCCAUCGACUGGGAGAAGACGCUGCGCUUUGCCUUCAACGAGCGCAGCAACCCUGACGAUGACUCCCUGGGCAUCCAAAUCGUCAAGGACUUGCACAGGACCGGCUGCAGUUCCUACUGUGGCCAGGAGGGGGAGCAGGACCGAGUGGUGCUGAAGAGGGUGCUGCUGGCCUACGCCCGCUGGAAUAAAACCGUGGGCUACUGCCAAGGCUUCAACGUGCUGGCAGCACUCAUACUGGAGGUCACAGAGGGCAGCGAGAGCGACGCACUGAAGGUGAUGAUUUAUCUAAUUGACAAGGUGUUGCCAGAGAACUAUUUUGCCAACAACCUGCAGGCACUUUCAGUGGACAUGGCUGUCUUCAGGGACCUGCUUCGGCUGAAGUUGCCCAGGCUGUCCCAGCACCUCCACCAUCUGCAGAAGGCUGCCAACAAGGAAGCUGGAGGGAGCUACGAGCCCCCGCUGACCAACGUGUUCACCAUGCAGUGGUUCCUCACCAUGUUCGCCACCUGCCUGCCCCCCCACACGGUGCUGAAGAUCUGGGACUCGGUGUUCUUCGAGGGCUCCGAGGUGCUGCUCCGCGUGGCCCUGGCCAUCUGGGAGAGGCUGGGAGAGAGGAUAGAGUAUUGCCAGUCUGCGGAUGAGUUCUACAGCACCAUGGGGUGUCUCACCCAGGAGAUGCUUGAGCACAGCCACAUCCACUCAACAGACCUCAUGCAGGAGGUGUACUCCAUGGCAGUAUUCCCCUUCCCCCAGCUGGCGGAGCUGAGGGAGAAGUACACGUACAACAUCACCCCCUUCCCGACCUCCGGCAAGUCCAGCGGCAGUGGGGGACUUGGCAGCUUAGAGAGCGAUGAUGACGCUGACAUGGAUGAUGAAGACUCUAUAGUGACGGCCCUCGGGUGUUUGGGGCCCCUGGGUGGGCUGCUGGCCCCCGAGGUGCAGAGGUACCAGAAACACCUCAAAGAUCAGCACGGGGGGCAGGGGAACAUCGGCGAGCUGAGCCCCGGCGCGGUGGGGACCGGCGGCGGCGGCGGCGGCGGGCUCGUCGGCCCCGGGCUGGCAGGAAGGGGAGGAGCCGCCCGCGGACGGAGGCAGAAGGAGCAGCAGCAGGCGGCGGUCAACGGCAUGAUGACGGAGCGCAUGAGCACGGACAUCGGCGCGCUGAAGAGGCAGUACGCACGCAUCAAGCGGCGGCAGCAGCAGCAGGCCAUGCAGCUCUGCAUCCGCACAGGGCCUGAAAUGAGAAUGUCCCCAGCAACAGGGGUUUCUCAGGAACCCCCCCAGCUAUCUACUAAUGACAAGUGUCCGGCCACCAGCGUGCUGGCCUCCCAGCUGAACCCCUCCUCCCCCGUGGUCAACCACCUCCUCCUGGGGAGGAAGCCCCGCGCCGCCCCCCGGAGCUCCAGGACCCCCGGCACCGGCGCCCCCCCCAUCGGCCUGGGCCUGCCCUGCACGCUGGGGGGCGCCGAGGGCGGCGGGUCGCCGUGGCGCGCGCACGUACGUGCACACCGCCGGAGCCUGGCCCGCGCACGUGCCCAGCUGGGCUUCGUGGACUCAGAGGAGCUGGAGGAGGACGAGGGAGAGGAGGAGGAGGAGGAGGAGAUGAAGAGGAGGUCCAGGAGAAAAGAUGGCGGAGACGAGAAGAGGAGGAGCAAGACGGAGCGGGGGGAUGAAGGGCUGGAGGAGGGUAGGGUUGAUGAGGAGGAAGAGGUGGGGGAGAACAGCCGACCUACCUCGCUCUCUCCUGGCUGCCCGCUCCCCGGGGGGGAGGGGGAGGAGGCGGAGCCUGCAGAAGGAGAGGGGGGAGUCGAGGAGCGCCUCGGCUCGCUCGACCUGGCGUCCCACGCUGCCGGUCCCCUGAGCCCGGCCGACGUCCACCCCACCGCGCCCCAGGGGACCCCAGCCCAGGUGCCCAUCCUGCCCCCCCCGCCGCCCCACCUGGCUCGCCGACGCAAGGGGUCCGACUCCUCCAGCGAUGGGCCCUCCGGCAGCACCCCGCUAGCCCCGACCCCGGCCCCCUGCUCCUCCUCCACCAUGUCCUCCUCCCCCUCCACGCCCAACCUCUCCUCCCACCCCUCCAGCGGCAGGGCUCCCCUCCCCUCCUCGCCGUCCACCCCGGACCUGAGCUCCUCCUCCUCCCCCUCCGGCGGCUCCUCCUCCUCCUCCUCCACCGGCCACAAACUGCCCCUCUUCUCCCCGUUCCCCUGCAUCAAGCAGCCCCGCAAGUCGGCGGCGGCCCGCAACCUAGGCCUGUACGGGCCCACGUCCCGCACGCCCACCGUGCACUUCCCCCAGCUCAGCCGCGUCGCCGCCGCCGCCGCCUCCGCCACCUCCCUCUCCAGCACCACCACCGCCGCCACCAGCAGCAGGAGGCGCUGAAGUAGCACCCCCGACGGAGCCGCCCGACUGAACGGAAGGGGAGGAAACGACCGUUUACCGGCUCUGCGUGAAAAGAGGCGCAGCCCCGAGGAAGUCGGAAGCCACGAUGUUAUCGGACGGGCGAGUGAAGGAGGGCCGACGCCGGGUCGCCAUGCUGGCUCUUGGUUACCAUGGCAACAUGCAAAGCGGGAAGAGUCAUCCCCAUGGUUAUCACACUUAAUGUCCCUGCACACGCGCAACGCAACACACAGACGGGAGAAAUGUAAACCAGGCUGAAGAUAUGUGGGAUUGAGCUACUCUUCAUCUUUACUCUUGUAUAUCGUUCCAUCUUCAACUCUUGAGGAUGCGAAUAGAACCGCUCAUGUAUGGCAAGUAUUUACAGAACUUCACGCAGCUUUGAAUUAGUCACAAAGUGACUGUAUGUGUGUGUGUUUAUUUAUAAACAGCUCAUAUCAUUGACUGGAAUGAAAUCCAUGUGGGCAUUACAGGUGUUUUGAAAGCACCUGGAUUUUUUUCAAGGAUUUGUCAUUGUUUCAUCUUCAAAGGAAAUGGACUGCCUAAGUCAGUAAACCAAACAGUAGUUGUUGAUAUUAAGGCAGACCCGAGACAUGUUUGCCUCCAAAAACAUCAAAGCCAAAUAUUGAAAAUAUCUGUGUAUGGGUGUUAUGUAUAAGGGCAAACGGCCAUAAUAGAUAUUCAUUCUCUUGUCAAAUUUUGCAUACUAGCAAAAUGCUUUAUUUCUUUCAAUGAUUGACUACAUAAUAUGGUAACCUUUAAAAAUAAGGGGACAAUAAUGAAUCGUUAAUUUACAAUAGUUAAUGCAGUUAACUAAUGGAUGCCUAAGUGUUUCUGAAACUAGGGGAUUAUUUAAUGGAGUUAUGGUUAACCAUAACCCCUAUGCUAAUAAUGUAUACUAAUGCUUAUUAUUGCAAUAACUAAUGUUAAUUAAUGGUUCAUUUUUGUAGCCUUAUAUAUAGCGUUAUAUUUAUGUGUAUGAUUUUUCUUUGUACAUUUGUUUUUAUUUGCCCUACCUGAAUGCGUAAUAGAUGAGGUGUUCGUGUGUGUGCGAGAGGGAUAGCGCGUGUGAACGUCUGAUCACUUUGAAGGAGAUCCUGCAACACUAAAUGCUCUGUUCACUAAAGGUUCAGGGAUUGACCUGGAACAAACACACACACACACAAGCACAGCUUGACCGCAACCCCCAAUAAACAAAACAUGAAUGUAAAAUAAUCUCUAAAUGUGUCUCUGCUUCUUUAGAGUGUGAUGUAUGACUCAUCUACUCUAGUAUUGCAAUUCUGCUUGCAGCUUAAAAUAGACCUGUGAACGUGGUGGUGAUGGUUAGCAAAACAUGUGUUCCCUAAUCUAAGUUAUUUUAAUUAAUUGUUUUACUCUUAAUACCUGUGCAAUGAUUUAUCUGAUUGCUCGGUUUAUUGACUGACUUACAGUCAGGUUAAUACUUAUUUAUUGGCCAUUGAAAAAGUACUUUCCCAACAUCAAGUAGUUCCCUAAAAAGAAUACGGACACAAACUCUCAAGAAAAAGAACUACAAAAUCAACUACGUAAUGCUUCAAUGAUCAUACGGGAAUCACAUUAGAAGAAAGAAUUAAAAGCCUCUCCAGUACCCAGAUCCACUCACCCUUACAUCAAGUGCGAAGCUCUGAACAUAAUUAACACCAUAGGAUGUAAACAAAACAGUACCGCUGAGGUACCACAGAUUCUGUAUUUUUAAGCACCGUACACGUUAACGAAUCGGUGGCCACAGAACAGUAAGACUAAAAACACCUAGAUUUCAAAUACGCAAAAACACAUUCUGACUGACCACAGUGCUACAAAAGCAUUUGAAUAUUUAGUUUUGCAGAAAAAAUCGUGAAACAGCUUUUGUUCAUGUUCUUGAACUGUAGUCCUCAUCUCGAACAGAUCUCAUCGGAGAAGCUAGGUAUUCAUCGUUGUCGUUGCGUGACAUCAGAGGUGUGUAGAGUUUUCCCGGUCUUCUGUCCCUCAUCUGGUAUGCAGGUUCAGUCAAUUGUUAGUUAACGGUAACAUAUUAUACCACCAGGUGUGUGUGUAAUUAGCCA